AACUUUAUUUUAAUAUCUUGCUUGCUAUGGAGCUUGUUUAGGCCUACAUUAAUAUUCAGCUAAGUUAUGCGGUCAAAGGUGUGCAUCUCUUUGACAUAACUCAAAUUUCCGUUAUCUUUCAGCUGAACACAGGUUUCUGUUCAAUAAUCUGGAAACAAGUGUCGACAUUUCCAGCUGAAAUUGGACGUAGAGGGUGCACCUUUGCGCAGAGACUGGUUUGAUGCUGAGAGGCUCCUCUGGGUGCACAAAGACAGCGGCUCGCUGACGAACUUGUUCAGAGUGAACCGGGGACGCUGGGAGGCGAAAUAAACAAUCUCCGGACUCGAAGUAGCCACGACCGCGUAGUUUUACCUCGUCAAACACCCUAUUCCACCACACAUCCAACAAAUACAAGGUUACAGGAGUGUGCUGGUAGGACCGUGUGGUGCAGCAGGCCACUCUUGGCGGCAUGGUGAAGGUCCAGAAGUCAACUAGGAGGAAGAGCUCUCACUGUCUGCGCAGACUGGAGAGUGGUGGUCAGACAGUGAUGGAGGAAGGCCAGCUCCUUUCAGACAGCCAGCAUCCACAACAGGAGGAGCCCCAAAGAGCAGACCAGUCCUCCGAUCAAGCCCAGCUCCAGACCUCUGCUCCAGAUGAGACUGUGUCGGAAACUCCGAUGGAUGACCAGGAAAAGAGCGACUCUGAGGCCCAGCUCCAGGCAAAGCCUCUGUGGAAGCCCAUUCCCCCUCUGAUGCCUGAGUCCCACAGGAGCGCCACCACUGGGACCAGGGACCAAAUCUGCCAGACUGAGGAGUGGCUUCAGCAGACCAGCGCCGGCAGCCACGGUCAUAACACAGGUCUGUGUGUGGAACCCGGAGAUCCUCCUCUACUCCAGCAGCCUCUGCAGACAUCCAAGUCAGGGAUUCAGCAGAUAAUUGAAUGCUUCCGUUCAGGCACGAGCCAGCUGAAGCACAUGCUGCUGAGGGAGGUGGACACCAUCUUUGAAUGUAAACUGUGUCGCAGUCUGUUCAGAGGCCUGCCCAACCUCAUCACACAUAAAGAGUACUACUGCCUAUCACGGCUGCCUGAACCCGACGGUCCAUCGGGUGAUGACAGGCAGAGUGUGGCCAUGAAGGAUUUACUGGACGCCAUAUAUCCCAGAGCCCCAGACUACGUGGUCCGACUGGAGCCCAUUCAGACCACUACCAAGGCCGUGUUCCAGUACCUCACCACAGAGGAGGAGCUUGCUAGAUUUCCAUCGCACACACCCAGUGCCAGAGAGAGUCCAGUAGCAUGGGAAGGAGAACCAGUGGAGGGUGUGGACAACAACCAGCCAAGCCAGCCAGGAGGGCCAGAGAGCCACAGCAGCCCGGGACAAAAUCAGGGACAGAAGAAAUGGGAGGCUGAGGAGGAGGCUAAAGAGGAGCAGCCACAGCAGGAAGACGAGGGGUCCACCAGUGGGGUUGAGGAUGUGACAAUCUCUUGUUGUCUCUGCGGUCAGGACUUUAACUCACGCCGCAGCAUCAGACGUCACUGCCGCAAAAUGCACCAGACCAAACUCGAAGAGCUCCGAAAGUUCACAGAGACACGUACAGUUCCCACAAGCCUACUCUCUAUGGUGAAAGGUCGGCCAAGGACUCUCAGCACACCUACUGGAAAAUCCUGCCCAGUGUGCCUCAAAACCUUUGCUACCAAAGCCAACGUACGCCGCCAUUUUGAUGAGGUGCAUCGUGGUCUACGGCGGGACACCAUCACACCCAGCAUCGCCUCACGGCCUGGCCUGCCCUUCUCUCUGGAGGUCACACCCCCCAGGAAGAGCAACAAUGCCUCUCCAACACGUGGCCACAACUCCAAGUCCACCCCUGUGACCUCGAAAACAACACAUUCCAACCAAAACCAGUCCAAACAACAGAGUCAGCCCGCAGCCUCUCCACAGGCGGCACCGGCCUCAUGUCGCUGCACGCUCUGCAAGAGGAACUACAGCUCUCAGCUCAUGUUGAAGAGACACAUGCGUAUUGUCCACAAAAUAUACAGUAUCAAAAGUAACAAGUCUGCUACCACGGCAACCUCCUCUACUCCGGCAGCCACACCUAACAGUAGCAGCGCUAACUUAGGCCCAAGCAACAACAUCCGAGUGAAAGAGGAAGCAGUAGAACCUUCAGAUGAAGACGACGACGGGGAGGACUUUGACAGUAGUCCGGCCCCUUCUCCCAGUGACAGCACUGGGACAGCUAAACGGGUUUCUGUGGCACACAACACCAUGAAGGUGAAGGAAGAGGAGGCCCCGUCGAGCCCAAAGAUGACGCCAUCCUUAUCUUCGCCAUCCUCGCGUGGUGGCAACAUGUGCUGCGGGGGUGUGCCCGCCAAAAUGACCAAGCUGUCAGUGGGUUUUGACUUCAAGCAGCUCUUCUGCAAGCUGUGCAAGCGACAGUUCAGCUCACGUCAGAACUUAACAAAGCACAUUGAGCUGCACACGGACGGCAACGACAUCUUCAUCAAGUUCUACCGCUGCCCUCUCUGUCGCUACGAGUCGCGUCGCAAACGUGACGUCCUGCGUCAUGUGACUGUGGUCCACAAGAAGUCAUCUGGAUACCUCGGCAAGAUCAUGCCCAAACUGGAGAGCAGGGCGGUGAAGAGGCUAGCUGAGGUAGUCCUCAACAGUACAACCCCCAACAAGAGGACAAGUGGCAGCAUCAAAGAGGAAGUAAACGGACGUCACGCUUCUUCGCCAUCCUCCUCCUCUUCUUCGCCCCCUGUCACUCGCAAGGUAGAGUGCUCCACGGCUGCCCCAACCACUUCAUCAGCUUCCUCUUCCUCCGCCCCGCCUCCUGCCCCCGUCACUCGGAAACAGCUGGACCUCUCAUCGCCAGCGGUCACCCCGUCUCCUCCUGUCACCCGUAAGCAGGAGAGGGAGCAGACCCACCAGCCUCGUCCCAUCAGCCCCCCGCUGACCCGCCGCAGUGAAAAACACACACACCAACGCAACUCCUCCUCCACCACUCCACCCAGCAACCAAACCCCACACACCCGACGACACGACACCCAGUCAGAGAGCAGCGGCACAGGGUCGUCGUCCUCCACUGAAGUCAGAGUGACCAAGAAUUUCUCCCUCCACGCCUGCGACCAGUGUGGGCGGGCCUUUGCCAAGAAGCUGUACCUGGAGUCUCACAAGCGAAGUCAUCGUAACGCAGUGACCGCAGCAGCCAGCAAGAGGAAAGGAGUCAGCACCCGCUCCAAAUCCCUGGUCUGGUGAAACGCACACACUUCUGCCGGGGAUAAUGGACGAGCGAGCCUCUAACAAUGAAGAAGCGAAUCAAAACUUAAUUGGGAGAAUAAUGGACGAAUAGAACGAGCACAGAGCAGAGAUGAAGGAAACAAACAAAAGGAACAAUGGAGCACGAUAGAGGAGUGAAGUAGUGCUUAAGAACCAAACAUUUUGUUGGAAUCUGACUUUUUUUUUGUAUAGGUUUAUUAUGAAGCCAGCCAGGCUGGACGGUGGCGCUGUAUCCAUGAAGAGACUGUAGCGAACAGAAGAUUCACUACCACUGUAUAUAUCUGCAUUUACUUCCAACAGUAUGUAAAUGUAGAUCCAUAUGCAGGUGACUGAUUUGUACUUGGUAGCAAAGGGAUGCAGAUAGACUAUGAAAGUGUGUGUGUGUGUGUGUGUGUGUGUGUGUGUGUGUGUGUGUGUGUGUGUGUGUGUGUGACAGAGGGACUCAAAACUGGAUCGUGACCUCCCCAGAAAAUAGACUGGAAACUAAUUGUUGAUUUUUCUUUCUUUCUUUCUUUAGAGAAAGCAGAAUAUUGUACCCUUGCUGUCCCGCACAGAUACACAAAACAUACAGUAUUUGGGUCCUUGGCUAUUAGCAUUGUAUCACUUUUCUGUAUAUUCACACCUUAUAUAGUGUUUUAGGGUGUUAACAAUUUGAUCUAUUCAAUACUACUUGCUCAACAUUACGACAGAUUAAAAAAAAAAAAACAUUUUCCCACUGACGAUUGGAACACUGUUGUGUCCUGUUAUCUAACAGAGAAACCAUAGCCAACGUGUUUCCACCAAGUCUUUAGAAGGCUAGCUGCUUGCUUUGAGUUGAAAAUUACUUUUAUCUUCUCGUGUAAAUGUUGCUACUGAAAAGCAAACAGAUCACAGAUCAGAAUUCCAGUAGUAAUAUUCUUCACACAAGCAGUCCAUAGACAUAUUUAGUUAUAUCUGCUUUGUAGUGACCAACUGCAGCUGGAGUGAAUUGUUGUAAUUGUAUGGUCAAAAUAAGGGAAACCCCUAAAUAUAUUUUUACCUUGAAAAUUGUUUGUGCUUUAAAAAGAUUUUUUUCUUACAUCUCACUCUUAUGUUCUGCUUUUUUGUUUGACUGCAUGUGAACAGUGUACAGGGUGUUUCCUUUACUUUGACCAUACCCUGUUUUGUCUCCAUAUAUUAGCUGUAGUCCCAGUAAAAGCCUGGUUGUAAGAGAACUAUGUGAAGCAAGGCUUCAAUAAGACACGAGUCAGUGAACUAAGGGAAUUCUGUACUGAAAUGAGGCAACCAUUUCAGGAGAAAAUUGUCACCUUCCCUGAUUCUCAAGUAUGAUGACAUAAAAUAAUACGAGGUGAUACAAUUAUGAUAUCUUUUUUUUUUUUUUUUCAAAUGCUUAAUGGAUUAAAUCAAAUUCAUUUUCUUCCAAAUAUGAAUUCAUUUUUAUUAUAACUGCUCAGUUCAGACUGUAAGGUGCGCUACCACGGGGGAAACAUUCAAACUAUCAAACUAACACCAUUGUUAACACUCACACUGGUGUUAAUGUGUGAAAAUCUAAGUUACAGUGAGCAGGAAAGAUGGGACUGCACAUAGUAUUAAGGAGUAAUGUGCGUUUGCUUUUGGUGUUACCGUAACGGCCGCAAUGCAUUCGAUUUUAGAAACCAUUAACUGGAAGAAUUUAUUUUCUGUGUUCAGUGAAAUAUUGUUGACCAUCGUCAUCUUGCUUGUCGCUAAGCAGAAAGCUGACCCUAGAUGCUAUGCUGACAUGUCUCAGCUGUAGUGCCUAAGCAUCAGGUGUAACAGGUUUGGAUUGACACUAGCUGUUUGGGAAUCUACUGUUUGUGGUGCUAAUCCUGAUUUAUUAUGGGCCAAAAUGUGGUAGCUGUAAACAUGGGGGUGAGAAAAAAAUAAAAUAAAAGCUACAUGCCCUCAUACGCUAAACAGUUCUAUUCUCCAAACCUAAAAGUUUACAUUAAACUUUUUGUUCCAUUAACUUAAAAAUGCCGGGAAUCAUUCAAAUAAACUUUGUGAACUUUUCUUUUGUACUCAAAUUUAAGGGGGCUGCAUUUGUUUAAUGGCAGCAACAGGUACCCCGAGGUAGUCUUUGAAACACUGGCACAUGAGUUGGGAGGAAAGCGAUUGAGGAAGACCAAAUGUAGAUAUGUCUUAAUGUUCAAACAGAAAGCCAUGAAAUUGAGCAAACCAGAAAAAAGGAAAGACCAACCUUUAUUUUUAUAAGUAAAAACGCUACUGCGACAAGGUCUUGAGAAGAUGUAUAUAUGGAUUCAUAUAAAUAAUAGUUAUAAUAGUCACAAUAGUUAUUGACAUGUACUUAACUGUUGGUUGACCAUAUGCUUCAAACAUGUCCAACUAGUUACUACUCUGUCACUGUUUAAUAAUGAGGCAAGUUUGUGUUGUUCCAGGAUUAGUUGUCUUUAGUUUUGUCUCUCAUUCCUUUUUGAAGGAAGGUUUUUGUUAGAAUGGUUCAAGAAAAGAAAUCAAACCUCAUAAGACUUUUGUUAAAGAGCUUGUCAUUAAUUCCUCAUCAGCUGUAAUAUGUUAUUAAGCUCACUUUCUAGAGAACUUAAGAGUUAGAGAAGCCUUUCAGAUGUGACAAGAAUGUUAACCAACCACUUAAUAAAUAAAAAAUGUACUGCUUCAAACCU